AUGAAUUGUACCUAUCAUAUCAGAAAUCCAAUAACGUUUGUAUGUAUAGCUCCUCACAAAUGUUAAUGUUAAAGAAAACUUUGUGCUGAGUGCUAAUAUGGACACGGAGUGGAUUUGAAAUAUACAGUCCCAAUCGAAAUAUAUCAAGAAAUGGCUAUCAAGAAAUUAAACGAUUCCAAGACAUGUGAGUUAACAAAAUAGAGAACAGGCUUCAAAUCCUUGCUCUCUCAAACCGAACAAAUGUUGAAGAAAAUUUUGGAGGAUUUGUCACAAUCAAUGAUAGAAGUUUACAAUAGGAUUGAACAGGAAUACUAAUCAUGCUUAAAUUUCAUCAACAAAAAUACUAAUCUAGCUGAAUCCUCUUACACCGAAUUAGAAAAAUUAGUAAAUAUUGUAGAAGGAACAACUUUAACUGAUUCGAAUGCUACGAAGAAUUUUUAUAUGAUGGAAUUGGAUAAGAUGAUGAUUUGGUGGGACCAUCAUCUUAAGGCUUUUAUAGAAAAGGCUAACCUUAGAAUCAAAUAAAUUUAAUCAUUAAUUAAGUAAAUAUGUUAAUCCUAUCUUGAGAAUUCAACCUGAAGAAGAAGAUGAAGCUUAUUAAAUGAAAGAAGAUAUAUUUGAAAUUUUCACUUAGAUCCAAGAUAUUGAUGAAAUUAUCUAUGAAAAGAUUAUUGAAAUACUUCAAAGAUAGAAGGUUUCAGACAUCCUAGAAUUCCUUUCGAAGACAAACAAACAAAGCUUUGAUGAAUCUUUAAUCAACAAUCAAGAAAAUAUAAGGGAUGUAAGGAAGUAAAUAGUGAGAAUCAAAAAUGUUUUGAGAAAUAUUUAGGAUCAUUAAUUUAAUAAGGAUGACUAUUCUUCAGAGACUUAUGAAAAAACAAGGCAAGAUAUAAUUAAUAAGAUUAAGGAUAAUAAAGGAAUCAUAGAUUUUAUCAAGGUUUUAGUUCUCCUCACCAGCAUAGAUGUAAAAUUUAUUUAAUGUGGAUCAAAUGCAUUAAAUUUAUUAGUAGGUAUGAAAGUUGAUAUUAGGAACUAAUCAUUUGAGAAUAUCAGAAUAAAGAAUACUUCUUUAAUUGGAGGUAAUUUUUUAGGAUGCAACUUAAGUGGAUCUGAAUUUGAUAAUGUUGAUAUAAGUGGAUUCAAUUUGAAUUGUUCUUAACUAUUCAAUUGUAAAUGGAAGAACUUGAAAAUCCAUAAGUUGAAUAAGUUAGAUGGUCACAGUGGAAGUGUAUUGUCUGUCUAAAUCUCUCCUGAUAAAAAUAUAUUAGCCUCUUCUAGUAGUGAUAAGUCUAUCCGUCUAUGGGAUGUCAAAACAGGAUAAUAAAAAGCAAAAUUAGAUGGUCAUAGAAGUUUUGUAGUGUCAGUCUGUUUCUCUCCAGAUGGAAAUACAUUAGCAUCUGGUAGUGAUGAUAACUCUAUUCGUCUAUGGGAUGUUAAAACAGGAUUAUAAAAAGCUAAAUUGGAUGGCCAUACUAAUUGUAUAAAUUCAGUUUGUUUCUUUCCUGAUGGAAAUACAUUAGCAUCUGGUAGUUGGGACAAGUCUAUCCGCCUAUGGGAUGUCAAAACAGGAUAAUAAAAAGCCAAAUUAGAUGGUCAUAGUGAUUAUAUCUACUCAGUCAGUUUCUCUCCUGAUGGAAACACAUUAGCAUCUGGUGGUAAAGAUAAAUCCAUUCUUCUGUGGGAUAUCAAAACAGGAUUAUAAAAAGCCAAAUUAGAUGGUCAUAAUCAUUUUGUUAUGACAGUCUGUUUCUCUCCAGAUGGAAAUACAUUGGCAUCUGGCAGUAAAGAUAACUCUAUCCGUCUAUGGGAUGUCAAAACAAGACUAUCAAAAGCCAAAUUGGAUGGCCAUACUAGCAGCGUCUACUCAGUCUGUUUCUCUCCUGAUGGAAAUACCUUAGCAUCUGGUAGUUAUGAUAACUCUAUCCGUCUGUGGGAUGUCAAAACAGGAUUAUAAAAAGCCAAAUUGGAUGGUCAUAGUAAUUUUGUUAUGUCAGUUUGUUUCUCUUCUGAUGGAGAUAAAUUGGCUUCUGGUAGUUUUGAUAUGUCUAUCCGUCUAUGGGAUGUCAAAAUAGGAUAAUAACAAGCUAAAUUAGAUGGUAAUUCAUAUGCUGUCAACUCUGUUUGUUUUUCUCCUGAUGGAAGUACAUUAGCUUCUCUCAGUGAUGAUAAAUAAAUCCGACUUUGGGAUGUUUUGACAGGAUAAGAAAUUCAAUCCUCCAAUAAAAAUUACAAACAUCUUUUAACUUAAUUUAAUACUUCGAUAUUUUAAAACAAUCCUAUCCCUGAAAGUGGUAAUUAUUUUUAUUUAAUCUUUAGCAUACACUAAUAUUACCAUACUACUUAUAUCCUAAUAGCCAAUUUUUCAGGCAACGGGAGCUUUAAUUCUAAAAAGAGAAUUUAUUAAUCAAUCAGGUGUAGAUUUAAAACCAUUAUUGACACAAAAAGGAAGUUACUUCUUGGAAAGCUUAUAGUAAAAGUGA